UAAAAAUUAAAUAAAUUAAAGCAUGGCAGGGUGAAAAGACAUUUUAAACAUAAAGCUAGUUAUGUUAGUCAUUGAAAUAUAUUGAUUUGGUGGAUAAUAACAGUGUAUUGUAAUAAACUUGUUGGGUGUAUCUAAAUGCUAGACUGAACUUCAAGUUUGUUAAAUUACAAAAUGGCGUUCAAUUAUUAAUUGAAAUUGUGAAGACACCAAAUUUAUUAAAUUUGAAUGGCAAUAAAGUUGUUAUAAGGUGCUUUAUUACCAUUGUGUAAAGUGUACACACAUGAAACAGAUGGUAAGAUUUAGAUACCUCCUUUGCACUUUAAGCAGUGGUUUAUAUAUCUAUAAAUAUGAAUAAAUUGGUGAUAAAAUCAGAACCCCAAGAGGAAACAUCCACACCUCAAUCUAUUACCCCUGAUUCAAUUCACAUAAAACAAGAAUCACAAGACAACACUUAUCUACAAAGAUUCCUACAAUCCGAGGUGACAAUCGAUGAAGUCAAACAAGAACCAUCCCUCUGCUGCAAAAUAUGCUUCAAAAUCUUCCCACACAACUCAGCACUCGUCUACCAUGAAAUGAACCACAACAAUACGAAACGAUUCAAGUGCAUGCUUUGUGAUGAAGGCUUUUCGAGUCAGUAUGUUUUAUCCAACCACCUAAAGUCUCACACGACUGCCAAACAAUUCGAGUGCAAGGUUUGUAAUAAAUUUUUCACCUUAGAAAAGUAUUUGGAGUUCCACAUGCUUCUGCACACCGAGAGCAGGUUGCAUGAGUGCAAAAUUUGUUUUAGAGAGUUUACCAGAAAAGACUUGUUGGAUAAACAUGAGCUAGUACAUUACUAUGCGAGGCUUAAAUGUGAAGUGUGUGGAAACACAUAUUCAACACGAGCUGCUUUGGUGAAGCAUUUGGCUUUACACGAUAAGAAGUUUGAGUGUAUUAUUUGUAAUCGAUGGUUUGCCUUGAAGUUGUUUUUGGAUAGACAUUUGAAAGUGCAUGUGGAUGGGGAUUGUUAUGAAUGUGCGAUUUGUUCGAAGUCGUUUGCAAAGAAAGUGGGUCUUAGAAGACACACGAAGGAACUACAUAAUGAGAAGAAAGUUUUGUAGUUGUAACGAU